GCGGGGAGGAGGACCCAUGGGGAGAGGGGCCCCGGUGGGGAGGGGGGGCUGCCAGAGUGGAAUCAUUCAGUUUUAGAUAUACUGAGUUUAAGCUGGAUGGAGCUCGGCCCGCCGUUCCCUUCAUUGUUGGUCUACAGCUCACAGGGGAUGUGCGAAAGGCGGUUCGAGCUUUGUGACUGAUGCUCAGCAGGAAACCAGAACUGGACGACGCGGGCUCAGCUGCUGGGUCAAGCUGCCCCCACCCCAAAGAAGCUAAAGUAAGCCAGAGUGCGCAAUGACUGCAGGGAAACGACCCCCCCCUCAGCCAAGUGGAGCAGAGCUGGGUGGAAGGAGGGCCUUCUUCGGGUCCCUCUGGUCAGCCAUCCAGGCUGGUGAUCCGGGGGGCACUUUGCCCUUCCUCCUCCCCCUUCGGUGACCUCCUCUAUCUUCCCCGGUCCUCGGUCAGGGCUGGUAAAACCCAUGUAAAAGCCUCGGCCCCGCGUCCCUCCCCGCCGGGCCCCCCUCCCCGCCGGGCCCCCUCCCCAUGGGGAGCCCCUUGUUGGAGGAGAGACCACAGGAAGGGGCCUGAGUAAAUAAGCGGGGCAGCCCCCGCUUCCCCUCCGCUCCUGAUGUGUCUUGGGUGGCUCUGAGCCCUGUCCUGGAAUUCCCAGGAUGGGGCCGGUCCCUGGCUGCACUGGGGGCCCCUCCUGGGCCUGGCUGGGAUCCAGACCUUCGAAGGGCGCUCGGCUCUCCUGGGCCCCCCUAAUGCCAGCUUAAUCCCAUCAGCAUUUCAGUGGAUUAGUGACCUCACAAACCCAGGCAAGGGUGUGAAGCGUCCCCUGAGGACCCUGGAAAAUGCCCUUUCCCCGAGCGGGAAAGCCUGGGCUGUGGGGGCUCGGUGACCGGCCUCUGCCUGGGUUAGCCCUUGGCUUAAUCCCAUUAGCGGAGCUUAUGCCAGUGGCUUUAAAACCCUGGGCUGGGGCGUCCGGCGGGAGAGGGCCGGGAGCCAGCGGGGACCGGCCGUCGGGGAAGGGCAGCCCGGGAGGCAGCGCGAGCCCUCGGCAGACUCCGGGGGGAGGGCCAGGCCCGCGCCAGCAUGCCGGUGAUCAAUAUCGAAGACCUGACGGAGAAGGACAAGCUGAAGAUGGAGGUGGAGCAGCUGAAGAAGGAGCUGACGCUGGAGAGGCAGGUGGUCUCCAAAUCCUGUGAAGAAGUGAGGGACUACAUCGAGGAGAGGUCUGGGGAGGACCCUCUUGUGAAGGGAAUCCCAGAGGACAAGAACCCCUUCAAGGAGAUCAAGGGGGGCUGCGUCAUCUCCUGAAGGCCCGGAGCAGUGACAAGGGCUGUCGAGUUUAGAACCCUUUGCUGUCCCAGCCCAGAGUGUCCGUGGGAAUUGGGGCAGCCCCCCCCAACCCACUCUGGAGAAAAGGAAGACCCCUGGCAGCCGGAGGCUGCUGCUUUCUCCUCCCCCGCACCCCCCACACUCCCAGGGUUCACUUGUAAUAAAGAUUGGAAAAGCGCUCACUGAAGUGUCUCUUGGGUUUCUGGGGCUCAAUAAACACUUGGGGCUGUUCAGUGAUGGUCACUCUCAUUAAGACUCUCCUUCUGUCUGCACGUAUAGUGUAUCUAGGACAUACUGUAACCUAUUUAACAUGUAUAGGACUGCUUGCCAUCUGGGGGAGGGGGUGGAGGGAGGGAGGGAGGGAAAAAAUCGGAACAGACGUGAGUGCAAGGGAUAAUGCUGCAAAAAUUACCCUGGCAGGGGUUCUGUCAAAAAGAAGUUAUUUAAAAAAAAAAAAAAGACUCCUUCUGGCUCAGAUGAGUCCCUCCCCACAGAGGGCUCCCUGGUCUCACCACUCUGGUCUUUGGCACGAGGGUGGGAUUCUCCCCAGGGAGCUGGCUGGG